AUGAAAAGGCAUUCAAUAGACUUGACAAUCAAUUAUGUCACUGGAUUGCAUGAUCGAGAAAUCAGGUUAAACGACGGCUGGAUAAUCAAGAUCGGUCGCGGACUUGAUUUUUACAAACCGCCUGAAUGUAAACUUUCCAUUGGAUACUAUGAUCUCGAUCUACGUCCAUGUCACCAAACUACCAUUGAUAUUUUUCAUAUUGAACGAUUGCAAGCAUCGUCGUAG